AUUCCAGGGUCCCAGGCUGGAGGUGGCUCUUACCCGCCUGAGCAGACGGUCCCCCACUGGCAGGGGCAUGAGGCUCCUUCCACUGCUCUGCUUGGCCGCACUGGCCACCAGGGGCUUUGGCAAAGAGCAGGAGGAAGAAAUCAUCCCUAAGACCUUCAUCUCCUACAAAGUCCUGGAGGUUUUCCCCAAAGGCCGCCGCGUUCUCAUAGUGUGCCACUCACCCCAGAUGCCCCCACCCAUCACCUACUCCCUCUUGGGCAGCCGGAACGUGGAGGUCACCAAGACGGUGGUGGGCACCAGGGACCCUGCGUCCUUCACCGUCAACAUCACGCUCAAGUCCAGGCCCGACCUGCUCACCUACUCCUGCCAGGCGGCCCCCACCUCUGGGGCGACAGCCGUCAGCACCCCGCUGCAGAUGUACUGGGAACUGUGGGCCAAGCCCGUAUCCCAGCUGCAUGCCCACUUCACCCUGAUAGACCGAGGGGCAGGCCCCAGGAUGGAGAUGUCCUGCUGGGCGGCCUCAGGCAGCCCCCCGAUCACCUACAGCCUGGUCGGGAACCGUGGGCACGUCCACAUGCACCAGACAGUGCACCACAGGCAGCCCGUCAACUUCUCCUUCCCGCUGACCCAGACGUCGGACUGGGUCCGGUGCCAGGCUGGGAAUGACAUCAGUGUCCAGUCCAGCACCUCCAAGCUGGUGCCCCCAGGGGAGCUGCCCUGGAGACCCAUCUUGGUGCUGGCCGGCAGCCUCACCUCCAUCGCAGCCAUCACCUGUGGAAUGCUGGCCUGGUCCAUGAAGCACAGGGCCUCGUAAAACUCCUGGAGGGCCUUGGAGGGGCGGCUGAGAGGCGUGUCCAAUCCAGGGUCUCGAUUCCCCUUGUCGUCAAGGUUGUGAGCCUGGCAGAGCCCUCCAGGGGAGCCCAGCCCCUGUCCUCUUCAAACAGACCGCGUCCCCACAGAAGAGCCUGCCAGCCCAGAUCCCUGGCACCCCAGCUGCCUUUGGCAAACACACAGCGCUGGUUUGCAGAUUUUAGGGUGGGGGUGGGGCUGCAGAGGGAAAGUGAGGUCUUUGGGAAGGGGGUGCUCUGUGUGGGCCCCCGUCCUCACCUCUCAGCUGCUUUGUCACCAGCCAUCCAGGUCUGGGGAGGGUGGUGGUGUGGACCUGAAAAGGCCCAGCUGCUGGAACACUCCGGAGGGGCCAAGUCUGACCUGGUCACUUUUUCUCCCCCAUGCCUGCUCCCCUCUUCUCUGGAGUGGCACCCCAUCUCCUUGUGGGGUCCUCUGGUGCCCCCCACUCACCUCUCACACUGUGAGCUCACCUGGACAGGCUCCUGCCUGCUUUGGCCCACACCCCCUCAUUAGUCCUUACCUGCAACUAGCAAGAGGGUCUGGAAUCUCCCCUCCCGGGGCUGCCCCCUUCCCUGUCUGCUCUGGACCCAUGUGGGGUUUUUUUGUUGGCUUGUUUGUUUUUUGGUUGUGGUGGGGGAUUAAACUGGAUUAAACGCUGCCCCCCGCCUGUCGCCCCGAACUUCCUUUGUUUGCACACCAUCCUGGAACCUGGAAGUCUGAAGCCCUUCAGAGCCUUGGAAGAGUGGCUCCAGGAACAACUGGGAGUGGGGACAGGGGAGUCCUUGAUCCCACGCCAGGCUUAGCUUCGGGGAGAGGAAAGGAGUGACCUGCCAGUCUGUGGCCUGGAGAUCUUGGGGUUCUGAGUGGAAUGGGGGGAGCAGGAGACGUGGGAUUGCUUAUGAGCCUGGGUCCCAGCAGGUGAGGGCCACACUGGAUGUCGGGUGGGCUUCCUGGAGGAGGAGACGACA